AUGACUUCAUCGGGCUUCCACCUCGGCCCCCUUCCCGAUCCACCGCUACCGCUUCCCCGCGUCUUCGGCCCCAAACUCGCUCCUUUUACCCCGACUGCCCGUGCCGAGAUCGAAUUUAUCCACUUCCUCGGCCGGGAGAACGAUGUAGACUCUCAAGUGUGGAAGGUCAAGAUCAAUGGCAAUGGAGCUGGCUUCUUUGCACUUAAGAUGUUUUACUUCCGCCACUCGGAUUUCUUCAUUGAGAAUUAUACCGGGGAGACUCCCCUGCCGCUGGCCAGCCCGCAGCUUUAUGUCGACUACUUUGACUCGUUCAACUGCGAGUGCCGUGCAUACGGCCGUCUCAAGGAGGCGAAUCGCGAGGACUUGGCCGUCAAGGCCCUGGGCUAUCUUCUUCUCACGCCACAGCAGGAGGCCUAUGUGGCCUUGAAGGUGACGGGCGACGAGUUGGAUCGCAACAAUUUCUGGGGGCGGGACGAGCAGCAUCGCAACUUGCCCGUUCGCGCUAUCGUCAAGGAACUCGUCUCGGAUGAAUGGCCCACUGCCAACCAAGUCCAGGGUAUGUGGCCGGACCUGCAAGCCAUCCACUCGCUGGGCAUUUUCGUAGGGGAUACACAUGGUGGUAACUACCUAGGCGGGAAGCUCGUCGACUUCAGCCGCGCGUGGACGAUGUACCAUCCGGCUUUGAUCCCGACACAGAACCGCAGCCGUGAAUUGCAGGGUUUGAUGUUGGAAGAGCUGCAGAAGCUACAGGACAACUACUAUGAUCUGAAGAACAGUUUAGCGUCAGAAAGGAUCGAGGUCCCUCAAGACCUCGACGCGUUCUGCGCCGAGCACUUUGACGAGUACGAAAAUCUCCCGAGCGCCUUCAACUGGCUCAAGUGGGAAAAGGAACCCGACUCGGCACGCGCGUUUGUGGAACGAAGCCUAUAUGAGAGGGCUUGA